GGUGGCAGAGCCUGCUACAACUGCGGCGACACCACCCACCAAGCCCGCGAGUGUCCAAACAAGGGCAACCCAACCUGCUACAAUUGCGGCGGCCAAGGUCACCUUAGUAGGGACUGCACCGAGCCUGCCAAGGACAAGUCAUGCUAUGCCUGCGGCGAGACUGGCCACAUGAGCCGCGAGUGCCCCAACGGCGGCGGCGGCGGUGCUCGCUCUGGUGGCUUCGGCGGUGGCGCUGGAUCUGAUCAGGAGUGCUACAAGUGCGGCAAGGUCGGACACAUCGCGCGUAACUGCACCCAGGGCGGUUACGGAGGCGGCAACUUCGGCGGUGGUCGUGGUGGUUUCGGUGGUGGCUAUGGUGGUGGCAACUCCCAGCAGUCGUGCUACACCUGCGGUGGCUAUGGCCAUCUCUCGCGUGACUGCGUCCAGGGUCAGAAGUGCUACAACUGCGGCGAACUUGGCCAUCUCUCCAGAGACUGCUCAAGCGAGGCCUCUUCCGAGCGUACUUGCUACCGCUGCAAGCAGCCUGGCCACGUUCAGGCUUCUUGCCCAAACUAG